CAUGCUCUUGCUCCACCUCCGCCGCAGCCGCAGCUUCACGACGGCGACGCUUUGAAACGCCGUCCUGAAAUGGAUUCUGAUAAGGUUUUGGAGUAUUCCUAUUGUUAUGGUUCUCUUGGCCCAUUGCUUCUCUGUCUCUCUUCCUUCUAUCUCUGCCACCGACAUUUAUCCUGGACCCCUUUAUUUUUUUUUGGCAGACCAAAUCCAUUGACGUGUCUGAUGUAUCUCUAGUUUUUUUCUUCACAUUUUCGAUAAGAUGAAGUUGCUCUGCUCAUUUAUGUAAUAGCAAUAACAGCAUUCUCAUGCAUCCAUAUUUAUCUUGAGGAAAUGUCUGCUGCUGUUAUUGAGGGAAAUGAUGCUGUUACCGGUCAUAUCAUUUCCACUACCAUUGGGGGCAAAAAUGGUGAACCGAAGCAGACCAUUAGUUACAUGGCUGAGCGGGUUGUUGGAACAGGUUCAUUCGGAAUUGUUUUCCAGGCGAAAUGCUUGGAAACUGGAGAAUCAGUAGCCAUUAAAAAGGUCUUGCAAGAUCGACGCUACAAAAACCGUGAGUUGCAACUAAUGCGGCCAAUGGAUCACCCAAAUGUCAUCUCCUUGAAGCAUUGUUUCUUCUCUACAACAAGUAGAGAUGAGCUCUUCCUCAACCUUGUUAUGGAGUAUGUACCUGAGACUUUGUACCGGGUUUUGAGGCACUAUACUAGUUCAAAUCAGAGGAUGCCAAUUUUCUAUGUCAAACUUUACACAUAUCAAAUCUUUAGAGGUUUGGCUUACAUCCAUACUGUUCCCGGUGUUUGCCACAGAGAUGUGAAACCACAAAAUCUAUUGGUUGAUCCCUUGACCCAUCAGGUUAAGCUGUGUGAUUUUGGAAGUGCAAAAGUAUUGGUCAAAGGUGAAGCAAACAUAUCAUAUAUCUGCUCCCGUUAUUAUCGAGCUCCAGAACUCAUCUUUGGCGCCACAGAGUAUACAGCAUCCAUAGAUAUAUGGUCCGCUGGUUGUGUUCUGGCAGAGCUUCUUCUUGGCCAGCCGUUAUUUCCAGGAGAAAAUUCAGUUGAUCAGCUUGUGGAGAUCAUAAAGGUUCUUGGUACUCCAACUCGUGAAGAAAUUCGAUGUAUGAACCCAAACUACACAGACUUUAGGUUCCCACAAAUCAAAGCUCACCCUUGGCACAAGGUUUUUCAUAAGCGGAUGCCUCCAGAAGCCAUUGACCUUGCAUCUCGGCUUCUUCAAUAUUCACCAAGCCUACGAUGCACUGCGCUCGAAGCAUGUGCCCAUCCGUUUUUCAAUGAACUCCGAGAGCCAAACGCCCGUCUUCCAAAUGGUCGUCCAUUACCGCCAUUGUUCAAUUUCAAACAAGAGUUAGGUGGAGCUUCAGUGGAGCUAGUAAACAGGCUAAUACCUGAGCAUGUGAGACGACAGAUGGGCACAGGAUUACAAAACAGUUAAAAACUGUGCAUGUCUGAAGAAAAAGAGGAGAAAGCAGAUUUACUACUUCUAUUUGAUAGUUGACAGGUUCAACAAUAUAUUAACCACAACUAUUAUCAGCUUCUAUACCCGUAGUAAAGUCAUUUUCAGCUUUUGAGAAAUCAGAUGCUGAUAAUUGCUUCUAUUUUUUUUUUAUUCCUUAGCUUGGAGAGUGGAGAGAGAGACACUGUUCCUCGUGUAUUUUCUGUAUAUGUUUUUGUCCGUAAAACAAUUCUGACAGAUCCGUAGAGAAAAGAAAAAAAAAACGAGGUGAUAAUAUUGAACCA